UUAGUGUAUUUAGUGAAUGUCACUUUUUGUCAUUUUCAAAUUUCCCACCAUUCUGUCCCCCGUACAUCCAGACGCUCGCAGGUGACGGAACCCAGAAGACAGAUGCCGGCAUCCACCGGAUUACAUUGCCGGGGACACUGCAGGAGGGACAUCACGGGAGCGCAGGACAAGGUUAGUGAAGAACAGAUGUCGGAGCAGCGCCGCAUGGUAAGCCCGAGUGUAGCUCGGGGUUACCGCUUUUGGUACUGAAACUUUACCCCGAGCUACACUCGGGAAUACCGCCAGGGAGGGAAGUUAACUAAAUUCCAUUCCUACGACUCGGUCGUUAAGAAAAUUGGGUAGUUAGCAAGGAAACGUAUAUAGUAAACAUAUUGUUGGAGAGCU